AUGCUUCAGCAUCCGUUAGACUCACCUGUUGGACCAACAGACACAGCACAGCACAGGGAGAGCCAGGACAGUUUCGAUUCGUUUCCGCCUCUCACAGACGAUGAUCUCUCCAGUUUUGAACGCAAAGUUUCAUCACCAAUACAACACAAUAACGAUGCUAUCAUUCGUGCUCAAAGCCCGUUUGGCAGACGAUAUCUAAAGCCUAUUAACGGUAUUCAGACCAAGGGCUUUGCUCGAUCAGCGCAACGACGAUCCUCUGUAUUAACCUUGGGAUCUAUUGAGAGAUUGCAAAACUUUUAUGCUAAAAGAGACUUGAAAGUAAACAAGGGUGGUACAUUAGGGUUCCAAAAUGGACCUUUAAUGGAGGAACCGGAUGACAUGGAUGACCAAUUACCUACGCCACGAGAACCACCACCCAGUUGGAUUGAUUUGGAUAUCGAAACCGACCUUGAUGUGCUAUUGGAAAUGUGCUUCCAGGAUAUACAAACCACAUUAGCGACAUGGUCCAUGGUGACAGGGCCCAAUCGAUCCUCGUCUUCAUCCGCAUCAUCAUCACAUCCACUAGCUGAUGAUACAAGUAGCGUUGGUUCAUUUCAAAUCUUGCCUCUUCUGCAAGUGGUCACCAAAAUGCUGAAUUCAGUAAAAAACUAUACAGUCAAUCGGCAUGAUUUAUCGAACGAAGCCAUGAGCAAGCUGCGACAUGCAUCCCUCACUUUAUUGGAAUCCAUGAAGGAGCUAGAAAAUCAGCACCGCGUUGAAAAUGAAGAAGACGGCGACGAGGACGACGGAUCAGAAGCAGGUGGAUUCUUGUAUCGUUCUUCUGAUUUUGAUUUGUUGGAGAAGGAGAGACAAGCUAUCCACACGUAUUUGAAUGUGAUUGAAACACAUGCAUUCAAUCCGCCUCAUCAUAUCGGUAGUCCACCAGCCAUGUUUACACCCGAGAUUCAAGCUCUAAUGGGAAAAACUCAAAUUUUAAGUUUGACAGAAAGCGAGCUCGAGGAACAACAACAAAAACAAACAGUCAGUACCACUGCAACUACUAAACCAACGACACAUGGAGUACCAGAAUGGCUUGAACGUGGUUCAUUUGUAAAUGAUUCAAUGGGUAGAUACCAUGCUCUGAUUCUGGACAACCUAGACGGCUCAUUCACGCAAGAUGACGUUCCAGACCCACAUAAAGAUGAAGAUGCGUUUUUGCAAUUUUUAGCAGAUGGCAUUGUUCUCUGCAAUGUUUACAAUAGUCUUGUGAAACGCUCCCGAAGACCGUUUGGGUUAAUAACCAAGAUACAUAAUGAUAGUCGUCGUACGUACAGAGCUAUCGAGAAUCUGCGUUUCUUUUCUGCGGCUUGUAAAUUCAGAUUUGAGAUUGUGUUUGAUGAUUUUGAACCAUCUGAAAUCGCCAGAAAGACAGACAAAGGACUCAACAUGUUGGCUAAAUGCUUGACCGCCUUCUGCGAUUGCGUUAUUCGCGAAUUGCGGGAGCAAGUCGACUCUGUGCAAAGAUCAGCAAGUAUCAACAGGCUCAGAUAA